AUGAAGAAGCGCCCCGACGUCCAUAAGUGUUUAGGGUAUGAGAGUAUCAAGGCCAUUGCAUCGACGACCAAAGGUGUGCCAGAACGCCAGGUGAGGGAGAUUCUGUGGAAGGCAAAGGAGAAGGACAUGUUGAUAAUCGGGCCUGCCACUGUUGGAGGGAUCAAGCCUGGUCGUUUCAGGAUCAGCAAUUCCGGAGACAUGAUGGACGACAUUAUUGCCUCCAAGCUCUACCGCCCUGGCAGUGUCGGCUACGUCUCCAAAUCCGGAGGCAUGUCCAACGAACUUAACAACAUCCUCGGCCUUGUCACAAACAGCACCUACAAAGGCAUCACCAUCGGUGGUGACUGCUACCCAUGGUUGACCUUCGUCGACCACCUCUGCUAUGAAGCUGACCCUGCAUGCAAAAUGCUCGUCCUCCUCAGAAAAUCUGGCCAGAUCAAGAAGCCUAUCAUGGCAUGGGCCAUUCAAACUUGUACCAACCAAGAACAGGGAUAUGUGCGAGGCAGGCUUCAUCGUGCCGCCACCUUCGAGGAGCUCCCUGCUCUGAAGAACAUAUAUGAGGCGCUCAUCGCGCAUGGCACUAUCGUCCUCACUAAAGAAGUCAAGCCGCCUGUGAUUCCCGUGGAUUACAAAUGGGCGCAGGAGCUGGGGCUUGUUAGGAAGCUGGCUGUGUUUACCAGUAUGAUCUCUAACGAGCGUGGACAGGACCUGCUCUAUGCGGGCAUGCGCAUCUCAGAUGUGUUCAGAGAAGACAUCGGCCUUAGGGGAGUCGCGUCUCUCCUCUGGUUCAAACAUCGUCUUCCUUCCUGGGUGACCACGUUCAUCGAGAUAGUGCUGAUGCUCACUGCAGACCAUGGCCCAGCUGUUAGUGGCGCCAUGAACACCAUCGUCGCUACCCGCACGGGCAAAGACCUCAUCUCGAGUUUGGCGAGUGGCUUGUUGACGAUUGGGGGCCAGAUCAGUGGGGCGCUGGAUGAGGCUGCUAGUACAUUCAGUGGGGCUAGGGAUACAGGGACGACGCCUAGGGAGUCUGGACAAUUCCAGGAAGGCGAAUAA